GCAGAGCGCGUUCACAGCAGCGCUCAGAGCAGAGAGAGAUGGAGCUGGAGAACAGGAGGAACCUGAGGGAGAAAUGCGCCCUCAAGCAGGACAUCCUUAAAGAGUUCCUGGCUGAGAUCCUCGGAACCUUCGUGCUGAUACUCUUUGGCUGUGGCUCUGUGGCCCAGACUGUCCUGAGCCGAGGAGCUCUGGGGGAACCACUUACCAUCCACAUCGGCUUUACCACCGGAGUGAUGUUGGCCGUCUACAUGGCCGGAGGCGUGUCAGGAGGGCAUGUUAACCCAGCUGUAUCGCUGGCUAUGGUGGUCCUGGGGAAGCUAUCGCUGAAGAAAUUCCCAGUGUAUGUGGCUGCACAGUUUAUCGGGGCUUUUGCUGGAUCCUGUGCUGUCUUUGGGCUUUACUAUGAUGCCCUGAUGGACUACACGAAUGGAGCGCUGCUGGUAACAGGUGAAAACGCCACAGCAAGCAUAUUUGCCUCCUAUCCAGCAAAACAUCUCUCAGUACUAAAUGGAUUUAUUGAUCAGGUGAUCGGUACAGGGGCGCUGGUGUUGUGCAUUCUGGCCAUAGUGGACAGGAAGAACAUGGGCGCUCCUAAGGGGAUGGAACCACUGAUCAUUGGUCUGACCAUCCUGGCUAUCGGAGUGUCCAUGGGACUGAACUGCGGAUAUCCUAUCAACCCUGCGCGAGACCUGGGCCCCAGACUCUUCACAGCCGUGGCAGGCUGGGGGGUGGAUGUUUUCAGGGCGGGGGGCUGCUGGUGGUGGAUCCCAGUCGCCGGGCCGAUGGUUGGCGGAGUGGUGGGAGCUGUGAUCUACUUCUUACUGAUCGAGUUACACCAUCCAGAGCCCGAGAAACAGAACGAGGAGGAGAACAAGGUCAAGGACAAAUACGAGAUGAUCACCAUGAGCUAAAGAGAAGAAGGGAAAACUAACAGGACACACUCUAUUCAUCUGCAACUCAAGCAGGCACCAGUGUACAAACCUCUGUCUGUUUCCUUUUUCUCUCUUUCCUCUCUCUUUGGCCAGAAUGCGCACAGGAUUGUGUGCCUGGGCUUUUCAUAGACGUUACCUGUAAAGGAAUGCUCCAGCAUUUGUCAACCUAAACUCUAUCUGCCUCAUCUGUCAUAAAGACAUUGUCUUUAUUAUUUUUAUGAAUUUUUUAUUUAUGAUACCAAAUACACUCACAGUACUGUGCCAAAGCCA